AUGGCAGAGAUAGCAGCUGGAGCCCUUGUCGCUGAACAGGUUGUUUCCACAACUCUCGAAGGCGGAGCCAUUGCUGGUUAUGCAGUCGCCAAACCAACUGUUCCCUUGAAAGCUACCUUCUCGCAGAUUGCUACUGCAGACAAGGAUGACACUACUCUAGCGCUUGCACGCUCACACCACACCGUCAGCAUCGCCAACGACAAGGCAUGCAUCUUCGGAGGCCAAUCGACAAAUGGAACCCUGGCAUCCAACGACAUCCACACCGUAACACUUCCUAUGAAGAGCACUAGCUCAACAGAUGUUGCGUAUGCCUGUUACCCAGCCAUUCCUCGUGAUGAAGAUGCUGCUGUACCGGCUCCACGGACCAGACACGCUGCCUGCGUCCAGGGCCACGACCUGGCUGUCUUUGGAGGCUGUGACCAACAUCACUCACUUGUAGACCAAGACUCUUCCUUGUGGAUCUGGAACACUGAGUCUUUCAAAUGGCAUCAGAUUGUUGCAGACAGCCCCAAGCCCUUACCUAGAUACGAUCACAAACUGUUCCGUUACGGCGGCCACCUUUUACUUCAUGGUGGACGAUCAUCUGCAAAAACCCAGUUGAACGAUACCUGGUUCUUCGACAUGGUCUCCCACACAUGGAUCCGCUUGCCUGAUUCCCCAGAAUCUUCCGAGAGUGUAGCCUUUGCUGAUGGUACACUGUAUCUCAUCACCAAUUCACCAGCUGAGGGCGCUACUCAUGUAUACAGACUCGAGAUUGGUGACAGUGUACCCAAUCCAGGAUCGCCUCACGGACUAGAAUGGCAGAGGAUCACAAACCCGUCAGAGGUGCCAUCUCCUGGACCCGGGGCUCGAAGUGGUGGUGCGCUCGUGCCCAUAACCACUGGCUAUGGUCGUCUAUAUCUGGUAUACUUCUUCGGCAGCAAGGAGUCUCAUGCUAAUGCCGAAGACCUCGAGAAAUCAAUCGAGUCACGCGAAACACCCCGACCGAUCGAGUCUGAUCUAUGGACUUAUCAGCUGCCUUCCAAAUCAACCCGACCCACUACAUGGACAGACUUCAAGCCAGCAGCCAUCAAAGACACGAUUCGGGACAAGUUGGGCUACAAGAGUGGUGGCUACGAGUGGGCCGAAGUUGAAGUUCAAGCCACAGAACAGAUUGGUCACGAGGGAAAAGUUCAUCCAGGGCCUCGCGCAUUCUUCAGUUCAGAUGUCGCGAGCGAUGGACGAAGUGUCAUAAUGUGGGGAGGUGAGAAUGCCAGAGGCGAGAAGGAAGCAGAUGGCUGGCUCAUCCGCUUCGAAUAA